AUGGCGGUCGGCAGGGGCGAGUAUAAGGAAGGAUACGAGUACUGGUUACGAUCAAUGUAUAUCCGGACUGAGCUACGAGGUGGUGAGACAUCUCUUCGGGAAAUUCCGGAAAUAUUCGGAAAAGAUGUAGAAGUUCCUAAUUCCAUUUCAGAUCUUAUCUUAUUGGCCAAGAACUGUGAUUCAAUGGACGCUCUUGCUCUAGCUAUUACGUCACAUCAGCUAGGACCGACCCACUGGGACACAAUACAGAGAAUUCUUCUGCAGUCAACGUCACUUUUGCAUAACGACAAUCUCAUUCAAGCGUUUGACAUGACACGAUACGUAUAUUCUUUGCUGACGAAUAAGUACAAAAUUCUUCACAGAAUGCAAGAGUUUGCGUUGUCUCAACUAUUUGAAAUCUGCUCGAAAUUCCAGAUACAAACUCUUCGUGGUGUAUCUAUACCAAGAUUCAAAGAAAUCUUGGACGUUUUCAAAGAUAUGGUGGACUUUUUGGAGAAUGCCCAUCUGCUAAAAUGUUCAGACACGGAAUACUUCAUACAAAAUUCCAAUAUCUUUGACAAGGUCAUAGACCACGUGUUCGAUAUGAUGUAUCUGCUGAAGGUCAACAAUAAAUCUUCGGAGGAGAAACACUUCUUCAGAUCACAGCUGAAACGACUGGUAGAGAUGGAGUUAUGUGAUAUCAAUGGGGUAUCCCUCUUACACAAGUCACUAACCAGGAAACCAAAAAUCGUGUUCCAUUUCAUGGAGACGGGUCCACGGGAGGCGCGUCACGAGGAUCUCUGCGUCACCCGGGAACUUAUUCAAGCAGGCGCAAACGUCAACGUCCAGGAUUUGAAAAGGGAUACUCCUCUCCAUAGUCAUCUCAAAUGGAUAGAAAAGUACAAUUUCUUCACAAAGAAAAUUAUUGAAUUGUUUCUAGAUUACGGAGCCCAUGUUGAUUUGGUUGAUAUCGACAAUACUUCACUCUUCGCCAUGAUUAACGCUCGCGGAUUGACGAUUUGUCCAGUCAAAUAUCACACUCUUCAGUGUUUAGCGGUCAAGGUCAUUCGUAAUCAAAGAAUCCACUUCCGGUCGCUGUUGCCGAUUCCUCUACAACGUUUUGUCGACAUGCACAAAUAG